UCAUACUGUAAGUGAUUAUAGUAUCUAUCAGUUAAUCUUUUUGUGUGCAGUUUUGAAUUGUAGCUAUAAGAGUUAAGUAAGAUAAAAUGGUCUUACCGUCUCUUCAACCUACUAUGCCUUUGCCCCUUAAUUCAUGUAUGAAUUCUUUUCCAGUUACAUCGUCAUUAUUUUCAAAAAAUAAUUCAAUAAAUAAAAUAAAAGAAGAAGAACUAAAAACAAAAGUUCCUCCCUUUCAUUAUUAUUACGAUCAACUUAAUCAAGACUUAGCUGCUAGAAGUAGUAAAAGAUUUAUAAACGAAGAAAAUAAACUUCAAAAAAAAUUUAUACCCGAUUGCACUAUACAUUCAACGCUUUCUUAUUCCAAGUAUUCGGCUACAGACGGAACAUCAAUGCAUCCUUUUGAAGCAGAGUUUUAUAAAAAGAUUCAUAACGAUUCUCAUAAUAAUAUGACACCAACAAUACCAAUACCACCCACACCAGAAUAUUUAGCUUAUUCUCGUGAAAACUUCAAUAGAGCUCAAACUUCUCCUCGCGACUACGCUGUUCGUUUGGCGCAAUUCCAAUUAUCCCCUCUUUUUAUGAAACACAAGCAAUCAUCAAGUGAUACUAUGAGCUUUAGAAUAGAGAAUUUAUUGCAAUCUAAUUAUUUAAAUACUACGUCAAAGUAUUAUGUUGCUUCAACAGAAGAUUAUCAACAAAAGCCACAAAGAUUAUUUUCAACUCUACAUGACUCUAAGUUUGUUGAAGAUUUAUCAACUAAUAACGUCUUUCACUAUUUAAAGACUCCGACAUUAACACAUGAUAAACACGGUCGUUUUCCUGAAAUUCGUAAUGCGUAUGAACAAUCACGGAGAAUCACAAUUCAGCAAAAAGAUCUUGAAAGAAAACUAGAGCAACUAUCAACGAUUAAAUCUUCUCUAAACAGCAUUAAGAAUAACUGUGUAUCAUCAGAAUGCAGUGAUCGAGACGUUGACAGAACAAAACAAAGUACUCUAUGUAUAGUUAAUGACAAUGGACAAAAUAUAAGAUUAGAGCGUAAUUUAUUUAAAAAGAGUACAACCAGAAAAAAUUUAGAAGUACAAUGUUCAAAAAUUGACAGCACUCAUACUAAUGACGAACUUAAAUACGGGGUUGAAGGAUUACUAGGUUUAACCAUGGCUUCAAAUGAACGUUUAAAUCAUGUGUUAACUAAGGAAAGAAAACGGACAAAAAAUAAUAAUUGCUUACAUCUUUGGCAGUUUCUUCAACGUAUGUUAAACGAGGAAGAGAAUAAUGCAAAUAGAUCAAUUGAAUGGACAAAUCGAGAUAUUGGCGAGUUUAGACUUAUAAAGACAGCUGUAAUUGCUGACUUAUGGGGUCAAUCAAAAAACAGAAAUUGCAUGACUUAUGAAAAAAUGGCCAGAGCUAUGCGUUAUUACUACAAAAUGAAGAUUCUAGAAAAAGUACCUCAUAAACGACUUCAUUUCCGAUUUGGCGAAAAUAUGUUACCAAAAGUUUCUUCGGUGAGUUCAAAGGUUUCAUCGGAAAAUCUAAAAGUAAUAGAUUCUAAAAAAAGUUGUUAUACUCAAAUGAUUUACAAAGAUUUUCUUCAAAACAAACCAUUAAAUCCUAAUAAUAAUUUUGAUGAAAUUAAACUCAAAUUACCAAGUGUUACAGAUAAUAUGUUGAGAAAAGCUGUAAUUUGCCCAAUAGACAAGCUAGAGAAAUUUGCAGAGAUAGGUUGUAGUUAUAAACAAUUAGAAAAAUCAACUGGCAUAACUUUUCAAAAUACAAAUAUCGCUAAUCCAUACAACAACAAAUUUGAAAACAGGCAAUCACCAUCAAAAAAUACUCGCGACAGUGUUCAGUUAACCUCGAGAAAAUUUAUUAUUAGUGACGAAGCAACAGAUGAGCAUAUCGAUGUCGAAAACUCUGAUGAAGAAACAAGUGAAUUCAUUUGUUAAAAUUGAUUUUAUAUA